AUGAUUGAAUCUCUAAAUGAUAGUUCUAAUCAACGUGAUGAAGCACAGAAAGAUAAGCUAUCUCCAACAAAUUCUGAGGAAGAUUUGGAUGCUGAUAACUUACUUUUGUUAUGCUUUUAUGUUAUCUUUAUUGGCUUGUUAAUGACAUUUGAUUUUGGAAUGGAUAUGGAAAGAAAGGACCAAAAGGUUGAACAAAAGAAUAAAGAAAAGGAGAGGAAGUUGGUUGAGAGAGGAAGAAAGAAAUUAAGAGAAAAAGGGAGAGAAAAAUCGUGGGAGAGGAAGAGAAAAAGGAACGAAAAUUCUGCUCUUUUUUUUGGCACAGUUUUGUUGCACUUUGAGGGAGGAAAAGAAAGCUUUUUGCUGCAAUUUUUGGAGGAAGAAAAAGCUGAAAUUUUUGAGUUGGAAAUUUUGGAGGUUUUGCUGCCAUUAAAGGGUGCAGAAAAAUUGGAGCUGUUUGCUGCCAAUUUGUGUAGAAAAAUUGGACAGCAUUGUGCUGCCAAUUUAAAGGAGAAAAAGAAGCUUGGUGUUGCCAAUUUUUUGAGGAAAAGAGAGCUGAAAGUGCUACCACCGGAGGAGGAAGAAAACGACCCAAGGAAGAGAGGAAGCCACGGUGGUGAAGAGAGGAAGACAUGGUGGUGAAGGGAGUGACGGUGAAAGAGAGAAAAAAGAAAGAAACAGAAAAGAAAAGAAAAGAAAUAGAAAAUAAAAAUAGGCAU